AUAACCCGAAAUUCGCUUGACAUUGGCUGCGAGCUUCAGAAGACGAGUCUUUGGUCUGAUUGUACCCGUGAACAUUAGACCAUACAGGACUAUGCCUAAAAGGAAAGGUCGCGGUAAGGGCGGCUCGCGCGAUGCCGUGGGCCACAUCGAAAAAUCCGACAUGCAGAACGCGCGGAUGGAGAAGUACUACAGAACGCAGAAGAUAGUACCGGAUAAUGAAUGGGACCAGCUGUGGGAGGCCAUGCGCGUUCCGCUCCCAACUACGUUUCGGGUCGCGGGGAGUCGCCAAGCUGCUCAAGUGCUCAACGAGACCAUCAAAACCACCCAUACGCCGCAACUGAAGGGCGUCGAAUUCGAAGGACAAGAGUUACCGCCCCCUGUGCAGCUACCAUGGUAUCCUGAUGGUCUAGCCUGGCAAUUCAAUGCCCACAAAAGCGCCUUGCGCAAGCAACCCGAGUUCAAGAAGUUCCACUCGUUCCUCGUCUUCGAAACCGAAGUCGGCAACAUAUCUCGACAAGAAGCUGUUAGCAUGAUUCCACCUCUCCUUCUAGACGUCCAACCACAUCACAGGGUAAUAGACAUGUGUGCUGCCCCUGGAUCAAAAACAGCCCAGCUCCUCGAAGCUCUUCAUGCUCAUGACACCCUCACUUCCUCCUCCACACCCACAGGCCUCCUCAUCGCGAACGACAGCGACAACAAACGCGCGCACAUGCUAAUCCACCAGUCUGCUCGCCUUCCUUCUCCUUCCCUCAUGGUCACCAACCUUGACGCCUCGAUAUACCCUGUCAUUCGUGUCGGUGCCGCAGAAGACGAUUUCGUCGGACACACGCGAGCAGAGAAGAAGAAGGCGGGCGUGCUGGCGUUCGAUAGGAUAUUGUGCGACGUGCCUUGCUCCGGAGAUGGAACGAUGAGGAAGAACCCGGCGAUAUGGAAGCGUUGGAGCCCCAUGGAUGGCAACGGCCUCCAUUCUCUCCAACUUCGUAUUCUCCAACGCGCCAUGCGCAUGCUCAAGGAUGGUGGUCGCAUCGUGUACUCCACCUGCUCCUUGAACCCGGUUGAGAACGAGGCCGUCGUCUCAGCGGCUCUUCAGUCCGUCCCCGAUUAUGAGCUGAUCGACGUCUCCGACCGCCUCCCUGGCCUUAUCCGUCGUCCUGGCCUGUCGACCUGGACACCAUCAUCCGAUCGCGAAUGUAAUACAUCCUUCCCCACCUACUCCUCAUACAUCGAUUCCCUUUCGGAGGAGAACAGGAAGCAAACGAAGAUGUCGGAAGGACAGUGGCCGCCGCCGGAGGGCGUCAACCUGAAGCUGGAGCGUUGCAUACGGAUCUAUCCACACUUGCAGGACACGGGCGGGUUCUUCGUCGCCGUCUUGGAGAAAAAGGUGAAGCAGGCCGAUGAGAAGGGGAGCGAUGCUGAAGACGCCGCAAGCCUUGGGAAGCGCCCUGCGGGUUCCCCUGUACCCGUGCCGCAGUCGGAAGCCAAAAAGCCCCGCAUCUCUUCCGAAGAAGUGUCUUCCCUUUCCGGGGCCGAAGCGGGCGACAAUAAGAAGCUUGACGAGGAGGUUACAGUUUCCUCUGAUACGGCGUCGAAACCUGCAGAAGUAAAACAGAAGGGCAAGCCCGAGUCAGAGUCAGGUGGCGGAUCCUUCAAGGAGCCACCGUACACGUUCCUUUCGGCGGAUGAUCCGGUAGUGCAAACGUUCACAGACCAGUUGCAUUUGACCUCUAACUUCCCUGCCUCCAACGUCCUUGUCAGAAACCCCGUCGGGGACGCUAUUCGCGCGAUCUACCUCUCUAACAACAUUGGUCGCUCGAUCAUCGAAAACAAUGAUUAUACCCGCCUCCGUCUGCUCACCUGCGGCACGAAGCUGUUCGUCAAGCAAGGCGCGGAGAAGUCGCCGGACACGCAGUUCAGAAUCCUGUGCGAGGGCCUUCCGGCGGUCAUGCCGUAUAUAAAACCGGAGACCAUUCUGGACGGCGAUUUGGGGACCCUGAAGGUGUUGAUGUCUGACUAUUAUCCUCUUUGCUCCACGUUACCGCAGAGUUUCCGAGCGAAGAUCGAUGAUGAACCGAACGGCAACUAUAUCGUCCGCUUCCCACCCGAACAUGCCGAGGGCGGGACUAUCACUCACAAUUUGAUUCUUCCGAUCUGGAAGUCAAAUUUCUCAGUAUGCUUGAUGAUCGAGAAGAAGGCCAAAAGCGCUCUCAGCCUUCGCGUGUUUGGCGAGGACCUCACAACCGCUGCGCGAAUGGCUAACGAAAAGAAGGCGAAACAGCCUGCAGAGGAGAAACCCCUCUCUACAAACGAGCCGAAGGACGAUGGCGCGGAUACGGGAGAUGUUGAAAAUGGGAAGGAUAUGGAGAUGGUGGUAGACGCAUGA